UCAAGAUGAACGCGGUUCCAAUAGCGCUGAAUAAGGCGGGGAUGCGAAAGUACGAGGACUUGGAAGUCCCAUGUGAAAGUAUCUUGGCUUCCUAUGUUUGGGUGGACAGCAGCGGCAUCGACCUUCGAUCCAAAGACAGGACUUUUGGCUACGUUCCCAAAACACCAAAAGACCUACCGAUAUGGUACUUUGACGGCAGUAACACCGGGCAGGCAUCCGCCGACAACGCCGACACGUUCAUCUUCCCGCAGAGAAUCUACCACGAUCCCUUCCGCCGCGGCAGUCACAUUAUGGUGCUCGCGGACACUUACCAGCACGAUUACCAGCCCACAGCAUCAAAUCGUCGCAAAGCGUGCAUGUUGUCGUGCGAGAAGACCGACGUAGAAGAACCUUGGUUCGGUUUCAACCAGGAAUUUUUCCUUACGACGACAGACAACCGGCCACUGGGCUGGCCGCCCGGCGGCUUUCCCUCCCCGCCCGGCCCCUACUACUGCGCUAUAGGUGCCAACAGAAUCGUGGCCAGAGACCUCAUGGAAGCAUUCUACAGAUGUUGUCUCUAUGCUGGCGUCAGUUUGAACGGUAUAAAUCCCGGCACGACUCCAUCUCAGUGGAAUUUCCAGGUUGGGCCAAGUCCUGGCAUCUGUUCGGCCGACGACCUAUGGAUGGCGCGUUACAUUUUGGCGCGGCUGGCAGAGGAGUACGGCACAGUGGCCUGCUUCGACCCCCAGCCCGUGCCCGACUGGCCUGGCAACGGCACCUUCUGUUACUUUUCCACCAAGGAUAUGCGGGAAGAAGACGGCAUAUUGGUGAUCGAGCGCGCGAUCGAUAAGAUGUCGCGACGACACGGCGUGCACAUCAACGAGUACGAUGCCAACAAUGGCGCCGACAACGUCAAGCGGCUCACUGGGAAGCAUAAUAUCUCUCAUAUCAAAGACUUCACUGCAGGUGUCGCCAACCGAAGCUGCAGCGUCAGAAUCCCUCGCCAGGUGGCGGAGGACAAGAAAGGGUACCUGGAAGACCGGAGACCUGCCGCCAACGCGGACCCCUACCGCGUCAUCAACAUUAUGCUUAGGACUUGCAUCAUGGACGAGUAGCAUCUCUAAAACGAGUGGCUACAGAGGGACCGCGAACCACGAACGAA